CGACGAUACAAAAGAAAUAGACAAAGGGAAAGCUAGUUGUUCAUAAUUCGAAAAUGAAGACCUACCUGAUGACUUUAACUCUCUUGCUCUCAGCACCCGUUCUCGGCGCAUCAUUUAUCGCUAUACAUCCUAUCUCCACUCACUUUUCCACACCGAUGACGCUGCUGUCGCCUUCCAAGACAGCGUUGGCGUCUUCCGUUGUAGCGGUUCCUCCCUCGGUAGAUUGGCAAGUCCGGAAAGCACAAGACAACGAUGUUUUGGAAGUGUACGGUUGGUUUGAGCGAAAAGGAGCUUUUGACUUGUCACUAAGUGGGAAUCCACCAUCCAAAUUGAAGCCUAAAAUCGGCCAAACGUUGGCUUCUAUCCUUCCCGAUUUACCAAACGGCAACGUUCUCUUUGUUGAGCCAGCUGAAGGAGAAGUGACAGGAUUUUGCUCCUAUAAUCUCAAGUAUUCCGGUUUUGGUCCACCUAUGCUGUGGAUGGAUGAUAUUUACGUCGAUCAAACCAAGCGCUCCAGGGGGGCCGGACAAGCGCUCAUGGAAGCAUUGGUGGAUGUGGCGCAGUCCUUUUCGUGUACACAUAUGGCUUGGAAAGUUGACGAACGCAAUGAGCGGGGCAUGCAGUUUUACGAUCGGAUAGGUGCCGAAAUUACACAAAAGGACGGGACGCUGUACCGCGUGGAAUGGAUUCCUUCGGAAUGGAUAGAGUAAAGGUUCGGAGUUUUUCGUAUCACAAGACGGCUUAUUUUUUGCAAUAUGCGACCGUCAUUUUUGUUGGCCAACAUUCUCC